AUGGCAGAUGGUCAUGGAGAGGAUUCACCUUAUUUUGACGGUUGGAAGGCUUAUGACCUAAAUCCAUAUGACCCACUUCUCAAUCCAUCUGGGAUCAUUCAGAUGGGCCUAGCAGAGAAUCAGGUGGGCGCUGAUUUAAUAGAAGAGUGGGUAGAGAAACACCAACAGAUUCUUUCAUGGAAAGAGGGCAAUAAUACAAGUUUCAAGGAAAUUGCAUUGCAUCAAGAUUAUCAUGGGCUAGCUGAUUUUAGAAAGGCACUAGCAAGGUUUAUGAUGGAAGUCAGGGGAGGGAGAGCGGAAAUUGAACCCGACGGUAUCAUUUUGACGGCCGGCGCAACUGCUGCCAACGAGAUUCUGACAUUUUGCAUUGCCAACCCUGGAGAGGCCUUGCUUGUUCCAACACCCUAUUAUCCUGGGUUUGACAGAGAUUUAAAGUGGAGAACUGGAGUAGAACUAAUCCCAGUAGAGUGCAACAGCCAUACCAACUUCCAAAUAACAGUCCCAGCCUUAGAAAAAGCUUACCAACAAGCCCUCAAUAACAAAAAGACUGUAAAAGCCCUUCUCAUUACCAACCCAUCAAACCCUUUAGGCCUCACCAUCCCUCCUCAAACCCUCCACCACAUCCUUGACUUUGCCACCCACAACUCCUUCCACGUCAUCUCGGAUGAGGUCUACGCAGGUACCGUCUUCUCCUCCCCACGCUUCACCAGCAUACUAGAAAUCGUGCAAUCCUCAAAGAAAUACAACCCAUGCACCGUACAUGUUGUGUACAGCCUGUCCAAAGAUUUGGGUCUGCCGGGUUUUCGGGUCGGCGCAAUAUACUCCCAAAACCAUGGUGUGAUCACCACUUCAAGGAGGAUGUCAAGCUUCUCUCUUGUAUCUUCCCAGACCCAAGCUUUCCUUACAUGUCUCCUCAAUGACUAUGGUUUCAUUAAAAGGUACUUAAGGACACUUAGAGAGAGAUUGAGAAGAAGGCAUGGAGAGUUUGUGAAGGGAUUGAAAGAUGUUGGAAUUGAUGUAUUGGAAGGGAAUGCAGGGCUUUUUUGCUGGGUUAAUCUAAGGAAGCUACUGGGGAGGAAAGAGAGUUGGGAAGGAGAGAUGGAGCUUUGGAGGGUAAUAUUGGAAGAUAUUGGUUUGAAUGUGAGUCCUGGCUGUUCUUUUCACUGUGGGCAAGCUGGUUGGUUUAGGGUCUGUUUUGGGAAUAUGAGUGGGAAGGAGUUGGACGUUGCACUUGGGAGGAUUAGGGCCUUCAUCUCACAUUUUUUAAGUGGCUCUGAUGCUGGAAAUACCACUAGUAGUGAUGAUGUAUUGGGUGUGGCACGUGAGGGUUCUCCUUUGGUUGCAUGCCUGGCACGUAUGUUGGAUGCGGAGCAGCAGGCCGAGUCGCGCGCGUGACGGGGUGCCGCACGUGGUCACCUAGUAUGGUCAUUUUAUUUUGUUUUAUCUUGAAUUUUUUAUUUUUUUCCUUUUGAGAUUGGUGUGUGAGAGAGUCUGAUUUCUAGAUUUUU